AUGGAAGAAGCAGAAGCCGAGUCGCAGCAGCAUGUGAAGCGGAUAUCACUCGAUCCGUCCGUGCUAAAAGCGCAACCGCAAGAAUUCAUCGUUCGCGACUACGCCUAUAACCCCACCGAUCCACUCUUCCACGGCCCCACCCCUUCCUCCUCUCCCCGCUCCUCCCUCUCCCUCGACCUCGAACAAACCCGCCUCGACGGCCCACCCUACGACGAAGACGCCGACCUCGCAUCUCCACAAUUCCAAGGCCACGGCUUCGCGUUCCAAGCGAGUCACGAAGAUGAGGAAGUCCAUGGACGCGCGAUCGCGUUAUUUGAUUUCGUUCCUGAGCAUGAGAACGAGGUUGCGUUGAGCGAGGGGCAAUUGGUUUGGGUUAGCUAUCGACAUGGGCAGGGGUGGUUGGUUGCCGAGGAUCCGGCGACAGGCGAAAGCGGACUAAUACCCGAAGACUACAUCCAACUAAUCGGCGACUUUACCGGCGAAGAACUCGGCGUCCUCCACCCUCAACUCUCUCACUCAUCGCACCUCCAGCACGACCCAUCACUCCCUCCAGAAGAGGAAGCAGAAUCAAAUCUCGAAGAAGACGAAUGGAUUGACGAACCAGACGAUACAGACCCACCACGGGCACUUUCUCCGGCACUACCAGAAUCACAAGCGACGAGUCCGACGCCGUCGCAGCAGUUACGGACGCCGGUGUCGAGAAGGACGUCGCAGAUGGGUGGGUAUGAUGGUUGA